GUUAUCUUACUAUGGCGGAAGUACGUAACAGUGACUCCUCUUUACUUUGCCAGAUCACUCGUUUACCUUUAAAUAUUCCGGUAUCUCUGGUGGCGAGCGUCAGAUCCUUCCACACCGGGCGACUAUUAUGGAUAAGUUUUAGUGGUAUUACUUUGGGAACGUGUUCAUAUCCGCGUUAAUUUGAUGGACUCAGUCUUAGUUUGUGUUGUUUUGUCAGUGGAUACGGGAAACCUCGUCUCUGCGCCCUCUUGGGUGGGUAGUUAAUCUAUGGUUAGCUGGUAUUAAGGUCGCUAGCAUGCGCUAACGUAAGCAAACGUAAGCAAUAACGCGGCGUCAGCUCUUUUAAUUUACAAAUUUAAUGUACCGAGUUUAAUAAGGGGUCUUUCUUUAUAGUCAUCUGGUUUAGUGGCGCUAAACCACGAGCCAAUUCAUCCUAUUUAUGAGCUUAAAGCUAACGUUAGCAUUCAGCACUUUUGCUCGAGUUUUACUUUAGACAGCUCGUUUACGUCGCCCUUUGUCAAAAUGAUGGACUUCGAUAAUAUAUUGGACAUCGCCACACAAAACCAGGGUGUUGGCAGUAUGCAGGUAAGACACUGUCAUUUGCAUUCAUUCUGCGUUACUUGAACAGUUGAAUAAGAGUUUGUAGACGAAGUUCCUCUUAUCUAGAUACAAAAAUGCUAAAGCAUUUGAUUAUACUGGCAGCUGAUAAUGACCAGCCAUGUGACACUGUGUGGGAAUAUACACUAAAAAUCUGCGCAAUCUGAUGCAACCCAGCAUGCCUUAAAUUAUACUUGGAGAAGGCCUCUAAAUUUUCAGUUUGUAUUCAUAUAAUAACACUGGUGUUUAUUGUAAAUUUUAUUUAUCAUUUAAUAAGUCGGUGGUAGUGAUAGUCUACUGGAGUGUGUUAAUAACACCCAAACUUCAUUAACAAUCAGAGGAACUAAAGUUUUGGACCAUACCUAAAUAUAACGCCCUCCACCACACUAGCACCCAAUAACUUCAAAAGAAAGAACUGCUGUCACCUGUCUCACCAUGUCAACUUAAAACAAGAAUGUAGAAGCUUCAUAAAAGCAUUAUUGUGACAAAGUCUCAUGUUGUGUCUGGACAGUGUACAAAAAAACUUCAACUUAAACCUGUGUGUUUGCAUAUUCCUUAAUUACUUGUCUUUAAUGUCUCUAUGCUCUCUUUAUUUCAUCCACCUUUAUUGAAGAAAUUUGUAGGUUUAAAAGUGCAGUACAUUGCUUUAAAUCAAGUGAGCUGACGAUUUGAAUGUGCUUUUUUUCCUUGAAUGUUAGCAUAAGAGAUACAGUUUACAAGCUGGACCACCGAAGAAGGACCCAAGGUCAAAAGGUGUAAACCCUGCUGCUGUGCAGGCACUACUGAAAAAGCAAAAGGUUGAAACCAAAAAGAAAGGUAACGUUUAAAAAACAAUCCUCGAUGUUUCAGCUGAUAGUAAAAGUUUUUUUGUUUUUUUUAAAAUAACUUUUAACUAUCUUUGCUUUACUUUACAGAAAUUCAAAUGAAGAAAAAGAAAGAGGAACUACUGGCAAAGAGGGUGGAGCUGAAGUCAGACCGUAAAGCCCGAGCCAUGGCUUCCAGAACUAAAGACAAUUUCCGAGGCUAUAAUGGCAUCCCUGUGGUAGAUCUUCCUAAGAAGAGGAGAACGAAACAAGAAAUGGAGCAAGACAGAUCAGAAGCUGAGGCCAAUUUUAGGAAUUAUUCUGUUGACCCAGAGGAUGAUGAGGACAAUUAUGAAUAUGAACAGACAGACUCAGAACCAGAACAGGAGCCAGAGCUACCAAGACCAGGAAAAAACGUUGGUGUAAAUGGCAGUAGCAGUAGUGCGAAAACAUCCUCCAAGAAAUCCAGCGGGCCCCCAAAGGCCACCUCAUCUCCCAUGAACUUUGCAGACUUGCUUAAAUUGGCAGAGAAGAAACAGUUUGAACCAGUUGAGCUAAAAGCUAAGGUAGUAAAAAAGGAAGAGCGGCUCCGCACAGCUGAUGAGAUACGGGAGCUCGAGAUGGAGCGUAAGGCUAAGAGACCAGACAAAGACAGAGACUCGAAGGCAGAGCGAGAAAGAGAUCGCAAAGUCCAGUCUAGCUCAGGCUCACAAAGACAAGGUGCUGUAGAAAAGGAGCAGAACAGUAAACCACAAAAGAACUCCCUGGAAAAGCCAAGCCAGCCACCUGGAUCAGUGAAGAAGUCUCACCAUAUACAAAAUGGCAAUAAAAGCCUGUCAUCUUCGAAGACUCCUGUCAGCGACAGGGAGAGAGAGAGGCCCAAGUUGUCUCACAAUGAUAGGGAUAGACCAAAGGCAGGCAUGUCUCUUUCAGCUAGUGCUGGAUACAGUAAAGUUCCUCAGAAAGCAACAACUUCUCAGGUUUCAGCCAAACAUGGGGGUCCCAAGCCCUCGCCUAGCCACAAAUCCAACACCUCAAGUGACCUUAGCUCCAAAAAAGAAAGCUCAUCCCUACUUCAUGGAAGAGCCUCAGGUAAUCCUGGAAGCAGGCUUUCUGGCACGACUACAUCAGGCCAAAAAUCUCAACAUGGAGGCUCCUCACAGACCAGACCUGGUCAGGGUAGCUCAUCGAAACAGGAACUUACAGUUGGAGGCCUCAAGUCCAGAAAGGGAGAACAAAUAAGGCCUGGAAUGAGUUCAUCAAAAUCAAAUGGUCACUCAGUAAUGAGACCCUCAUCAAGUGGUCCUCCGAAGGCAGGGGGUCAACCUCAAGCAAGGCCAGCUGGUGCAAGUGCUCCACAGUCAAGGGGCCUGCAGGGUCACCCUGGAGGAAGUGGAUCUAGACCCCCAGGGAUUGGACCUGGUCGGCCUGGUAGUGGGGGACUAGCACGACCAGGUGGAACCAUGGGAUCGGGACCUGGAAGACCCAAGUGCACUGUGGUGUCAGAGACCAUCUCCUCUAAGAACGUUGGUGGACCCAGACCAGGAGGCCCUCCCCGUCCUGGUAUGCAGCAGAGACCAGGGAUGCCUCCCAGACCAGGGAUGCCUCCCAGACCGGGGAUGCCUCCCAGACCAGGGAUGCCUCCCAGACCAGGAAUGGCUCCCAGACCAGGAAUGGCUCCCAGACCAGGAAUGGCUCCCGGACCUAUGAUGAACAGACCACCAGGUAAGAGUCAUCAAGAAGGCAUCAGUCAAGGUCAGCUAAUGAACCAGGUUUGUUUUACCUGACAUUCAGUACCCGUUGAGAAUCUAGUAAAUUCACAUUUCUUGAUAUUUAAGAACAUUAUGAUACAGGGUCACAAAGGAAAAUAAGAAAUAAAGAAAAAAAAGCCUGAAUUAUAAACAAAAUGUGAUAAAAGGAAAGGAAAGCAGAGUAAAAUUUACUGUAUUCGAGUAAAAGUCGUGUCAUCAUGGACGUUUGACUGCUUUUGUAUGCUUGGUCCCUACUCUAAACCAGAGUAUCUUACAGAGGAAUAUACAGGUCUCAUUUCUGGAUGGGACUGGUUAGUGGGGACAGCAGAUUGCCAUGAACAAUUCCAAGAGUGCCUUUCUGCUGCUGAGAAAUUACUUGUUUCUGUAAGAACAUAUCAGCAUGGCUGUCUGCUCUGCAUACACCCGUAGGCUCUUUCUGUAACUCAAACGAAAAUGUAGAGAAUUUGAAAAUAUCCCUGCAUUGUGUAAAAUCUUGAUAAAUCAAACACUGAAAUGUGCUAAUUUUGACCGAGGAACAAAUACGAGAGGAAACAGAUGACAGGACUGAGAAACAUUUGGAUUUACAAAGCAGUUUUGUACACCUUCUAUACAUGUUAUAAUGCAACCCCCCCAAAAGUAUUCGAUGACGAGAUGACAACAUAAGAUUUAAUGAGAUUAAAUAAGAUUAUGUAAUAUUACGUAACACAUUAAACAGUUGCUGGCAUUUGGCAAACAGACAAAUCAAUGCCUGUGUGAGGGCAAAGGGUCUGUUGGCCAAACUGAAUGAAAUGUACCAGAUGCCCUCAGUAGCUUUUGUCUCUAUUCUGGGGUCAGAGGGAGCGGAUCCUCCAUCAGAGAUUGAAAAAAAGAAAAACACUUUCAAUGCCAUGAACUUUUUUUCUAUGAAACUUUUAAUCUAAAUAAUUUCCAGUAUCUGGAGCUGUGUGCUUUAAAACAUGCCUUGGCUCCUGAAACAGGGCAAAAUUUGAGUGUUAUACACUUUAUUUCUGUAUGUUUCACUAGGUACAUUGUUACCCCCCAUCACCUCUGCAUACAAGAGGAAAUAUGAAGAUGAGGAAGAUGAGUAUGACUCAGAGAUGGAUGAUUUUAUUGAUGAUGAAGAAGAGGACCAGGAUCAAAUUUCCAAGCACAUCAAGGAGAUCUUUGGCUAUGAUCGAAACAAGUAAGUGUAGCUCCAUAAUCUGGUUCAAAUUUAUUUGCCUUGUUAACAAUAUUCAACAUGGAUUUCGCCUUUUUUUGCUUUUGCUUUCUCAGAUAUAAGGAUGAGAGCGACUAUGCACUUAAAUUCAUGGAGAGCAGCUGGAGAGAUCUGCAAAAAGAAGAGGCUAGGAGGUAAGACAGAAAUAAAUCCUCAACAUUUGGUACAUACUGUUUAUCCUAAGAGUUGUAUUAUUUAUUUUGUAUUUCUUUUUGUAUCCUUGCUUGGCUACUUUAGCCUGAAACUUGCUGUGCAGGAGGAUCUGGAGGAGGAAAAAAGAGAGGAAGAGGAGUUCAAAAGGAAAAAUGCAAAGAGGAAAAAGAUGUUCUGAUGCCCCUCUACCUUUUGAGAAAAAGAUGAGAAACCUGUCUUUUGAAGACAGGACAUAAAAUGCCUGGAACCAUGUCUGCGCAGGCCUCUGUUGUCAGCUUUUUACUCUGUUUUCCAUCCUGAAAAUUUGCAAGAAUGACUCUGACCCAAGAGAGUUGGAAGAAUUUUGUGCAAAACUACCUGGACAGUCCAAAAAUGCACAAACCACAGCAGCACGGAGUUGUAAGGUUGUGGUUAAGGUUCUCACAUUUCCCCUGUUCUAUCCAGUUCGUCAGAGUUCACAUCAUGAACAGUCACGGUUUCAUAAAGGGAUCGGAGUUGUAAGGAGAGCUAAAAAUACAGAGGAGUGUAUUUUUUUAAAUUAAUAAUACCACACAAUGUCCAGCAUUGAUUACAUUAUUAUUAGAAGUUGCAUAUUUUUCCCCAAGCUCUGAUUGCAAAGACAGUUGAAUAUGCAAAAAAAGAAAUAACAGUGGAUGUGUUGUGUGGCUCUUUAAAAACAUUUGAGAAAAAUCAUUUCAAGGGUUUUACCUAAUUGUCAAGUUUACAUUAAAGUUUUCUCAAAGUCUGAUAGUCUGUAUGAAACAUACAGAACUUUGGUUCUAACACAAAACGGAAAUGAAAUUUUUGUUGCCAGCAAAGUCAAAGACACUUUUGUCACAUUGUGAAGAAUAUUAUUUAAUAUAAACUUUUAAAAGAAAUUCAUUUCCUGAAAGUCAUUUCAUCAUUGUGGCUGUUAUGAAUAGACACAUCAGAGAACCAGCGUUGGCAUCAUGAUCUGUCUUGUGUGUUCCCUUGUUUUUUUCUUUAUGGCUUACUGUAGGCGACAUACUCAGUGGGACAGGUCUUGUUCAUGUCUACUCCUGUACUGCAGCUUUUGCCUUUCAUAUCCUUUCUGGAUGCCCUCUUCCCAUGAACCUGUCAGAAUCACUAUCAUGACAUGCUUCUCAGAUCAGCACCAGGUCUUGGUGUGAUGAAGGUAAUGUCUGUCCCAACCCCAAAGCCACUUCGUCCUCACCGAGGUCUUCGACAGUCCCUCGGUGCUUUAGCCCAGCAAUAACAUCCACACAAUCUUGUGCCCUUUAUCCCGUCCCAGUCUGGAUCUUUGCACCAGCUAACUGACCAGUCGGUUACUGGACUAUCAAAGUACUGGCUGGGUUUUCUCUACCCCAAUGAGACAUGCCUCAGUGGUGUGUUUUUUUUUGCAUUUUUUCCAAGCAAAGCUGUUUUGAGAAAGAUAAGCCAUCUAAGCCAUUUCAUGCUGUACUUUAAGUCUUGACAUCCAGUUUUGCCUCAGCUGUUGCUGCUGUCUCACACAUCUUCAGAGGCCUCAUUACAUGUUUGUAAAGCAUUACCGGUAGAACCAGAAUUUGUAUUUUCUGGGAAGACAGUUUUGGUCUAAUUUCCUACAGUUCUUCCUUCAGCUGGUCUGUAAAACCACGUGACUGACUUUGAGCUUAACUGUGUUUACCAAAACCAAUGUAUCUUUUGUCUUUUGGCCUCAGGAUCCUCUUUGCCCUGUCUGCAGCAUAUAGUUCUUGCUCAAGACGGCUCAUUGUAAUAUGUGAUGGGAAUUAGCAGAAUUGGACGGAGUUAUCCACCUUGAGGGAAGCAUGUUUUUCACUCUUAACAGAGUGAUGGGCCCACACUUGAUAUUACACAUUUAAUGAAAAUACAAUAGCUGCUCGUACAACCACAUCUAUUCCUCUUAGCAGCCCUCAUUUGACUCCUAUGACCUACCUCUGGAAUCAGGAAUGAAGUACUAGUUCACAGGUUGAAGGAUACAUAUAGAGUGGCUUCAACUUAAGGUCGAACUAUUUUUCAUAGACUUUUUGGUCAUUGUGGACUCCAGAGAGGUCAGGAUGACCCUAAAUGAGUGCACCACUUCAGUUUGUUGCACUGCCACUUACACCCCAACGGUAAGAGUUUUUAGAUAAUGUUUCCCCUCUGAAGAUACUCAAAUGCUGGAUUAUAUCUCAGGGGAUCUGAAAUAUUGCAAUUUUUCAUUCUCAAAACAUUGUGUACUAAAAUUCGAAGACUUCUAAAACCUAUGGGGAUGAUGCAUUUUUAAGGAGCACUCAAUCAUAAUGUAAUCAAGCCUUAUUAAAUGGUUAACUUUCCAGUGAUGUCAGUAUUUUAGCAGACAUGAUGUCAAACUAGUAAAACAUUAAACACCUUAUUUCAUCAUUAUACUGCAAAACCCCAAAGCAACUGAUUCCAACAAGGUUAUAUAAGACCAAAUAAGAUGAGAUAAGAUUAUGUAAUACUACACCACUGACCAAACAGCUGCUGACUCUUCGCAAACAGAUAGAUGAAUGCAGGCCGUACAAGAGCAAAGGGUUUGUUGGCCAGACUGAAUGAAAUGUGCCUCACUAACCUUGGUCGUCAUUCGGGGUUCAAAGAGAGCAGAUCCCUCUCACAAAGAUAAACAAAAUACUUUCAAUGCCAUUGACCUUUUUUUCCAUGAAUCUUUUAAUCUAAAUAAUUUCCAGAAUCACAAGCACAGAAGAUUACAUCAACCAGUCACACAGACUGUUUCUAUAGACUGUGUGUGUAGAGUGGAUUAAUGAUUGAAUUUAUCGCCUAUUCGCAAUGUUACUUCACCAUGUAGCUGGCUGACUCUUGUACAGGUCAAACACUGGAUUAUUGCCAGUUGAUCUUCACACAAAACAAAUACAUCUUAGAGAAAUUUUUGAAAAUGUCAGUAAACGCUUUUCCCUUUGUUCAUUGUUAAUAUAUUGUGCACCAGGCAGUGUGCUUUAGAGUGAGGUUAAACUCACCCAUAUACAUAGAUAUUUAAAUUUGAUGAGAUAUUAAAGACGUAAUUGAUCAAGGAGUUACUGACUCUUUGCAAGAAGGUAAAUAAGAGCAUGCAGUACUAGAACAAACGGUCUGUCGGCCAAACCAAAUGAAGUGGACUCCUGGGUCAGAGGGAGCAACACUCUCUAUCAGAGACAAACAGAACAUACUUUAAAUGCCGUGAACCCUUUUCCAUGAAACUAGAAAUCUAAAUAAUUUCUAGAAACAUCCUGGCAAAAACAGAAAAAAAUGCAAAAAAAUAAUAACCCUAAAGCCCCUAUUUAGGUCAAAAGUAAAACAUGAUCUCGUCUGAAGAUAGGACAGCACAUAUUUUUUCUGUUUAUUUGUUUUGUAUUCAAACUAAACCAGGAUAACAAAACUCACUGACAUCAAAACAUCCCCUUUUACUAUGUUGUGAAAAAGAGAAAUUGUUAUUCCAAAUGUUUUACUUAAUUUUAACCAUUACUUAAAGUUUUCAGGCAAUCUAAACAAAAAUUCAGGUGUUUUUUUUUUUUGAUCAAAAAAUGUCACAUGUUUAUUUUUGUCCGCAAGUAACAAAGAUUGUGAUUUUUUCAAUUUUCCCUUUCCCUCUCUUUUUCUUUCAUUUUUCUUUGAAGAAACAUUUUAAAGACAACUUGAAAACAACAAUGCCAAAG